ACCUGUCUUACUCCUUGAAAAAAAUGUCCUGAAGGCGGAGCCAGCUGCUACCAGGACCAGGUGUAAUAUGCAGAGACAAAAAGGAGAAAUACAAAAGCUGAGAAGAGAAGGUUGGAUCAGGUUGCACCAUGAGGGACUAUGACACCAGUGUGGCCUUCCUGGGAGAGUGGGGCCGCUUUCAGGUGAUUGUCUUCUUCAUGCUUUGUUCCACCAUCCUGCCCAAUGGAACCAGCUCCUUCUCCCUGGUGUUUGUGGCGGACACGCCCGCACACCACUGCCUGGUCCCCGAGGUCAACCUGAGCCAAGAAUGGAGGGAAGCUGUGAUCCCAAUAGAGGAGGUGAACGGGGAGCUGGAGAUGAGCCAGUGCCGCAGGUACAGGCUUGACCAGGUCCGCAACCUCUCUGACAUGGGUGUGGUCCCCGGGCGGGAUGUCAACCUGAGCAGCCUGGAGCAGGAGGACUGCUUGGACGGCUGGAACUACAGCCGCCAACUCUACCAGUCCACCGUGGUGUCAGAGUUUGACCUGGUGUGCAGUAAGCGCUGGAGGCAACCGCUCACCGCCACUAUUUUUUUCCUCGGAGUUCUUGUUGGAUCCUUCUUCUCGGGAGUGCUGUCAGACAGAUUUGGUCGUAAGCCGGUUCUGUUUGGAACGUCAAUGAUCCAGUCCGUGUUCAGCCUGGCUCUGCUCGCCUCGCCCUCCUGGGAGGUGUUUUGCGUGCUUCUGUUUUGCAGCGGCUUGGGAAACAUCUCUAAUUACCUCGCCUGCUAUGUGCUGGGCACGGAAAUCCUAACGGGCAACGCUCGGGUGGUAUAUGCAUCAAUAGGCGUGUUCUUGGCCUUCGCCUUUGGCUACAUGAUGCUGCCCCUUUUCGCUUACUUCCUCAGGACCUGGACGGAUCUGACGAUGGCUAACGCUUUGCUUGGCAUCCUUUACAUGCCCCUCUGGUGGUUCCUCCCGGAGUCUCCAAUGUGGUUGUUGUCUCAGGGACGAGUGGCGGAGGCUGAGACCAUCGUGAGGAAAGCUGCAAAGAUGAACAGAGUGGAGACUCCAGAGAAAAUAUUUGCCGAUUACAUGAUAAACGGAGAAACACCAGAAGCACCGUUUGUGCAGCGAUACACUUUGCUGGAUCUGCUAAGGAGAAAAAGAGUUGCGGCCACAACAUUUAUUAUGUCCUUUUUGUGGUUUACUCAGAGUCUCUCAUACUACGGCCUGACCCUGAACACAUCGCAACUCCACUCGGACCCGUACAUCAGCUGCUUCCUGUCGGCCGUGGUGGAGCUGCCGGCGUACUUCGGCACCUGCUUUGCCAUGCGCUUCCUCCCACGACGCGUGGCCUACCUCCUGACCUGUGUGGUAUCGGCUCUGUCGCUCUUCUUCAUUCCUUUGGUGCCUCAAAGUGUAUUAGGGGUGGCCGUCGCCUUGGAGAUGCUGGGUAAAUUCGCCGUAACGGCCGCCACGUCGAUACUCUACUUCUACUGUGCCGAGCUCUACCCGACCGGAUUGAGGAACACGGCGACGGGGAUGUGCAGCAUGGGUUCCAGGAUCGGAGGCUGCAUUGCACCGUUUCUGCUGCAACUGAACUUCUACAUCAAGCACCUGACGUACGUGACCAUGGGGUGUAUGGCCGUGUUGUCUGCUAUUCCACUGCUCUUCAUGCCAGAGAGUUUUAGGCGCCCUCUCCCUGAAACGCUAGAGCAGAUGCCCAAGAGACAAAGCCUAACGUGUUCGUGCAUCGCAAGAAGAGAAACCCCCAAACAUGUGAUGGAAAGCAAACUGUGACAGUCUCAAGCACAACAUUUUACUGCACAAGUUCAAUUGACUAUUUAUGCCAUCUACCAUAUUCAUAAACAAUAAAUGC